CCAAACCAAGGAUGAACUGAGCUUUUGAAAUACUGAAUGGAUCUGAUAAAGUAAAUACUGAACGAUUAUUGCAAGGAAAUCAAUCACACGGCAAUCACGAGAGGUGACACUGUCAGAUUAGAAAGAAUGUGUGUGUGUGUGUGUGUGUGUGUGUGUGUGUGUGUGUGUGUGUGUGUGUGUGUGUGUGUGUGUGUGUGUGUGUGUGUGUGUGUGUGUGUGUGUGUGUGUGUGUGUGUGUGCGUGUGCGUGUGUGAUCAGAACGUGUUCCUGGCCACACCUGGCCACACAAGUCAAGGGUUUCAGGUGGGGCUGAUGAGGAUCACUGCCUCCAGUGUCUCACUCUCUCCUUCCUUUGUAUUCAAACACAACAAUGUAUUGUAAUGAGUGACUUCCUCCUCCAUUCCUUGUUCUAUUCUUGUUCUUGUUCUUCUUGUUCUUGUUCUUAUUCUUCUUGUUAUUGUUCUUCUUGUUUUUGUUCUUGUUCUUUUUGCUUUUCUUGUUCUUGUUCCUGAUCCUGCUCUUGUUGUUAUUGCUGUUUUUUCUUCUUCUUAUUCUUGUUCUUGUUCUUCUUCGGCAGGGGUGAGGGGGGAAUGGCGUGAAUGGGGGAUAUCAAUAAGGGGCGUGUAUUGGGGGAGGAGGGUGUGGAAGAAAAGAAGGGGGGAAAGACCGUAAGGGCUUUAGCUUGGUGUGGUCACGUGACCACCCUGGGGAUGGGGUCACGUGACCACCCCAGGCCUGCGGUCACGUGACCACAGGGUACCGCGGGUUGGGGUAUAUAAACCCCUCUCCGGGGGAGUCUCGUCAGUCGGUGGUCAUGCCUAGAACUGAGUGGAUGUCUUUCGUGCGCUGCGCCGCUGUUGCGGCCUCGCCCCACCUGGGGGUGCGCCGCGCACAGCUUAGCGUGGCGCGGGCGAGCCGUUGCUGGCUGGCGAGGAGCCGCCAGGUGGCCGCCUUCGCCUUCCCGGCAGACGGGUGGCGUCGAGCGGCGUCGGGGGAGUGGCGGAAUGUCACCGGGCACCAGAGGCUGGACUUGAAGGGGCUGGCGAGGUUACCCCUCGAGGCGCCCCUCAAGCUGCGGGCGUGGACGAGCCGCGGCGUGAGGAAGACCACGCAGGGGACGCUGGCAGACCUGCUGGCCGCCCUGCACGCAGGGCCCGCCCGCCUCACGCUGCAGCUCCUCUCCAGCAGCGAGGGCGUGCGCCUGGACUGGGGCGUGCAGGAGUCAGACCCGUUACUGCACGCGCUGGGCGGGGCGCUGCCCUGCACGAACCUCCCACCUGGCGCGGUGAGCAAUGCUCGGGACGGGGCGCUCCCCGGCACGAGUCCCCCGCUUAGCGCGGUGAGCAAGGCUCGGGACGGGGCGCUCCCCUGCAUGAGUCCCUCGCCUGGCGCAGUGAGUAAGGCUCGGGAAGGGGCGCUCCCCUGCACGAGUCUCCCGCCUGGCACGGCGACCAAAGCUCGGAGCCGGGCGCUGCCCUGCACGAGUCCCCCGCCUGGUGUGGUGAGCAAGGCCCAAGGCGGGGCGCUGCCCUGCACGAGUUCCCCGCCUGGCACUGUGAACAAGGUUCGGGGAGGGGCGCUGCCUUGCACGAGCCCCCCGCCAGGUGCGGGCAACGGCAACACUUCCCCAUGGACCUUCCCUUGCCCCUCAGUAGUGCCACGCCUCCCUAGAGAAAGCCUGACGCCACCUGUGCCUCAGUGCCAGAGGCGGCAGAAGGUGCAUUGUCGCAUGCUGCGACAAGAAUUUGAACACCUCAACACCACUACUUGCCCACCGAGCGAGCCUCAGUCCCCAGAGAAGACUCUCGUGGAGGAGAGUUACGUUAACAAAGGCAGCACUGAGUUAGGGAAAGCAGAAAUAAAAGUAGACGUUGAACUCUGCCCGGAAUGCGGCAAGCGAGAGUUACCAAAGGCACGUAUGAUACCCGUGGACUCGCCUCCUCCCGUCCCAAAGAUGAUUUCCCCUGUCAUCGUAUCGCCCUCACCGUCCCCUUCCGUCAAGUCCGAGCCCUGGGCCCACCUUCUCGACGACUGGUGCGGGUUCGUGAUCAGGGACGCAUACCGGGCGUGCAAGAGGCGCCUGUUCGACUGGGCCCAGAGGAAAAGAGACAGGGUGAUAGCGCGCUACAGAAAGCCGAUAAAGCGGAUAAGGCGCCUGGUGGAUCGCAUCUGUGGGAGAAAGUACCCAGGCAGGGUGUUCUACGUGCCCGGCCCAGGCACGCCUCUGCUGUCCUCUGUCCUCACCAAGUCAGCAUCCACUACUGUAGGGCCGUCAUCCACUACAGUCAAGUCAUCAUCUAGUGCUGCCAAGCCGGCAACCACUACAGUUAAGCCAUCCACCACAGUCAAGCCUUCAUCCACUACAGUCAAGCCUUCAUCCACUACAGUCAAGUCAUCCACUACAGUCAAACCUUCAUCCACUACUGUAAAAUCAUCGUCAUCUUCAGUCAAGUCAUCGUCAUCUUCAGUCAAGUCAUCAUCAUCUUCAGUCAAGUCAUCAUCUUCUUCAGUCAAGUCAUCAUCUUCUUCAGUCAAGUCAUCAUCUUCUUCAGUCAAGUCAUCAUCUUCUUCAGUCAAGUCAUCGUCAUCUUCAGCCACUCCCAAAUCAUCAUCAUCUUCAGUCAGGUCAUCAUCUUCAGUCAAGUCAUCAUCAUCUUCAGCCACUCCCAAAUCAUCAACAUCUUCAGUCAGGUCAUCAUCUUCUUCAAUCAAGUCAUCAUCAUCUUCAGCCACUCCCAAAUCAUCAUCUUCAGCCAAGUCGUCAUCUUCUACAUCCUUGUCAUCAUCUUCAGCCACGUCAUCAUCAUCUACAGCUGAGUCAUCGUUUUCUUCAGCCAAGUCGUCAUAUUCCACAGCCAAGUCAUCAUCUUCAGUGGAAUCAUUGUCUUCAAUAGCCAAGUCAUGGUCUUCUACAGUCAAGUCUUCAUCAUCUUCAGUCGAGUCACCGUCCUCCACAGCCGAGUCGCCGUUCCCCAUGUUGAAGUCACUGGCACGUGUCCUGCUGCGGCGGAAGGCGAGGGGCGUGUGUCGCGUGUACUGCAUGGACGAGAAGUUCCUGCCGCGGAAGUUGAAGAUCGAAGUAAUGAGUCACGUGUUUGGCGUAGCGUAUCGCCACAGGGAGCUGGUCACCUUCCGCUUUGAUCAGAGCCUGAGGACGUACAAGGAAAAGAAAAGUGAUUGGAUUGAGAGGGAAAGGCAAAGGAACUCGCCAGGCCCUCAGCGGUGGACGUCUGCGCCGGCCUCAAUGUUGCUGAAUCAGUUCAUCAGGCACAAGGGAGACUUGUGGAUGCGUGUCACCGUCACCUGGAAAGAUGAGUGGGGUGGUGGUCCCACUCGUAGCUUCGUACCCAUGUUGUGGUUCUCCGAGCAGGUGAAGGAAGAUGUUGUUAACAAGAGGGAGUUUGUGUUCCGCAUCUGGACGCAAGGCGGUUUUUCAUCCCAGCACGAGGGUUUCAGGGGGUUGGUAAGGAUGAAGAAGGAAAAUAUAGAAGACAGAGAUAUGAUUCUGGUUGUAGAUGACGAGCCUUUGAUAAGCGACGGUGAGACGCCGCUAGUGCCUGAACAGCUGCAGGAAUCGGAGGAAAAGGAAGCAAAGUGGGAGGAGGAACUGCUUGUGUUGAACGGAGAGGAACGUAGAGGAGAGACGAAAGAAGUGGGAGAAGGUGAGAUGCAGGACUCCAAUAAAGAAGUGAAAGGAGAAGAUAAUAAAGGGAUGAUCCCAAGCAAUGCUGAAGAGGAAGACAAAGAGGCAAGCAACACCUGCGAGAAAGGACAGGAAAGCCAGAAGACAGACAGGGAGGGUGAAGGGAGACCUGCAGCCCCCGCCCACGCCGCCAGUCCAGAAGUGGGCGUGGUGAGGCGGGUGACCACAAAACUGUUGAAGGUGACGCUGACGGUGGUUGGGGUGAUAGUUGUCGUGGGCGCCUUCCUUCCUGAAGUACCGGAGGACUGAGAAGCACGCCCCCUAUCCUCACCCCUUCAAAGUCACCCCUGAACUUGAUGAACUUGAUGUGCAAUCCAACGUGAGGGAUCAGACUGACUCGGUGGAGAUGUUUAUUCUUGAAAAAAGGUUGUUGAAUAU